AUGUCGAGUACUCCAUCGCCAUCCACGCACGCUCAGCCAGCGGACCAGCGGGUUCGAACAUUCGUAUGGCCAUUAUCUCUCUCCGCCUGGAAUGCUGUCGAUGAUAGUUGGGCUCCACCUUCUCAACAGUCCAAAGAAUAUGAGAAAGAACAGCGGGCAACAGCGGCAGGACCACGCCGGAAGUUCGUGUGGCCACUGUCUUUGCGUGUUUUGAAGACCGUCGAUAACUGUUGGGUUAUUCACAAAAACCCCUUAGAGUCUUCUUCACACCUAGACCCAACGCCGCAGGGGCUUUCCUAUGGUGACUACGUCCUUAACCCACAGUCUGCCAAGGAAACCAACACGACCAACGCCAAGUUUGUUUCCGAAGUCAAUAAAGUGAUCCAGAACACACCGAUAGAGGGUUUCUUCAAGAACAACUCAAAGUUUAUCGAGGAGCUGGCACGCAAAGCUGCAGCCCUAGCCGACGACCCAUCCACCCCUAUAUGUGGCCAGAAACUUCUAUCCAAAACAGUUCAGGUCACGAUGCAUCAACAGGUGUUAUAUUGUGAUGACAGCACGCCCAUGCGCCACGAGAAUCGCUGGGACUCUCAAAACGAACUCAUCAAGGCAAUCGCCCGUGUCACCACUCGCAUCCUGCCCGAGGGCGAAGGUGUCCACAUGCGGUACAUCGGACAGGAGAUACCAAAUCCACACAGCCUCAAAUUCGAGGAACUAGUCGAGUUAGUCGACAUGACCCAGCCGCUCACGUUGGAAUCUCAAUCUCCCAUUGCCACCGAACGAAUCAUUGGCAGAAACCUCAAGAGCAAAGUCCUUGAGCCUUUGGUCUACAGCAAGCUGCCGGACAAUCUCCUGAGACCGCUUCUCAUCUCCGUCAUUGUGGACUGGAUGCCUGAGCGGCAGCGGACGCAACAGUCAACAUUGGUUAAUGUCAUCGCUGAGUGUGGCGAUAAGUUAGAAGCUGCCGGCUUCCCUCGAGAAAGUGUCAAGUUCAUGAUUGGCCAAGUCGGCUCAGACACUAAUAUUAUGGCAGUGAGAUUGAUACGAGACAUCAGCACAAUACCGAAGAUCGAAAAUGUGGUAUCUGUCGCUUCAGAAAAUUUGGAUGUCGCAUUUUCAAAAAUGAAGAGCGAGGCGGAAAUGGAUGAAUGGGUUAUCAACACUUUGUAUGAGGCCAUCAUGAAGAGCGAGAGUAAGAAAAACAGGUAG